GUGACCUAUUGCCCCACUAAAUGUGGCUGGUCAAGUUGACUCUGGAAGUCUUGAGGAGCCACCAUCAGGCAUAUUUGCCUGAAAUUUACCAGGCAAAUAUGUGGAAGAAAACCCAAGUUAUGACACAUUAAACUUUCCAGCUGGGUCAGAUAGAGCCAUGGUCUGCAGGAGAGUUAAUCUAGCUUUUUUUAUUAAUAUGAAUUUUUGUAAGUAAAAGAGGAGAUCUGGAGGGUUCAAUGGCAUAGAGUGUUUGGUGAACUGGGAUGUUUGGAUGCUGUUACAUUGCCACCCUCACAAGUCUCUCGGGUUUGCUACCUGCAAUUUACACAUAAUGUACUUUGUCUUUAACUAUCACAUGACUACAAAGCUAAUAAUCUUUUCUCAUUCUUUUUCUCUCAAUUCCCCUUUCUCACUCUCUAUCUAUCUCUCUCUCUCUGUCUCUGUCAAGCUAUACAUGCCAUUCUCGAGUUCCAGUGUGAGCGCUUCUUCUUUCAGGACCUACCUGAUCCAUGCUGACACCCUACCCCUGGUUAGAGUCUCAUCACUUGGUGGUGCACUCUGCUGGGGGGUUAGGUCUCAUGGACAGCCCGUGACCUAUAGAUCUCUUCAUCAGUGAACAUUUGAAGGCUUUGGAAGAAAGAAAUUAGUGUUUAGUCUAUAAUGACCUUAUAAAGAAAUUAUCCUGACCAAUUAGUUCCUCGGGAGAUCUCGGUUGCACUUUACUACAAACUGUUGUAGAAAGGACAUUAUUUACAUUUACAUUAUUUACUGUCUAGUGUCACCCAAAUGAGGAUGAGUUUCUUUUCUGAGUCUACUUCCUUUCAAGGUUUCUUUCUCAUAUCAUCUCAGGGAGUUUUUCCUUGCCACCUUUACCUCAUUAGAUAUAGACGUUAAAGAUAAACAGUAAUUUAAUUUUAAACUUUACAAUUUUGAUUGGGUACUGUUUCUAUGCUUCUGUAAAGCUGAUUUGAGACAAUGUUGUACACAUUUUGUACACAUGUAAACUCUUCUGAGGUUUGUUGAAUCAAACUAUGUACAGAAUGCAGGGUGGAAUGGAAUCCAGUACUUUCAACAUUCCACAUUAUUAUAACCCGAAACCUGUGCUCUUUUUAAAAGAGUCUUUUAUAAAACAAGAUUUAUAUUGCUAUUUUUUAUCUCUUUAUGCAUUUGCAUUUGUGGACCAUUUAGGCAUGCGCUCAUGUUAACAGUCAUUUAAAUUGUUUGCUUUAGCAAUUUUUUAACUGCAUAAAUGUUGUGAUCUUAGUGGGGCGGAGCUUGAUUUGCACAAAGUUAUAUAUAUUGGAAUUUCGAGCAUAGAUUUCCAUGAGAACUAAAAGUGCAAGCCACCGAAGAGAUCUACAAAGUGUGGAGUGUUGAUUGAUAGCAGGCUUUAAUGUGUCUCACACAGAGGAACUUCCAUCUGGUCGCUCUCCCAGAAAUCCCAGAUCGUUAAAGCAAUAAUGGAUCACCUUUCACAUGAAGCUUGGAGCUCAACCAUGAUCAUUGGGUUUUGGACACCUCUCUUACGAUCUUUCACUCCUGAUUACUCAGUUUGGCUUGGCAGCCAGCACUAGGAGGAGUUCUGGUUGAUCACAUCUUCCAUUUACGAAAUUUGGAGGUACUAUUGAGUAAAGGACCAAUUGUUGGCUUCAAUAAUAAACUUGGAACUUGAUGCAUUCUGCAAGGACUAUGCCAUGGUUGUCUGGAGAACGGACCAUGUCAAAUUAUCACAGGGCAACCCUUUCUUCAGUAGGUCAGAAAUGCAAGGAUAGUGUUAACACUCACAGUACACUGUCUGCAGUUUCAUCUGCCACUGGAGCUGGAUUUUAUGAUCAUGACUUCAUUUGACAACUUUGAAAUAACCUUACUGGAGGAGGGGUUCAGUGCAAUGGAUGUUAUUAAGCAGAAGAUCAAAGAAUCCUCAUCAGGUGACCAGGAUGCUUUCUUUGUGGCAGACCUGGGUGAUGUCCUUAAGAAGCACCGUACAUGGGUACGUUUCUUGCCUCGUGUCACACCUUUCUAUGCCGUAAAAUGCAAUGAUAGCAGGGCUGUUGUAAAGACACUGGCAACACUCGGAGCUGGCUUUGACUGCGCAAGCAAGACUGAGAUCCAGCUUGUGCAGUCUCUGGGAGUGGAGCCCAGUCGGAUCAUUUAUGCCAACCCCUGUAAGCAGGUGUCACAGAUCAAGUAUGCUUUUUCCCAUGGAGUGCAAAUGAUGACCUUUGAUAAUGAAGUGGAGCUAAUGAAGGUUGCUCAGAGCCAUGACAGUGCCAAAUUAGUGCUGCGCAUAGCUACAAAUGACUCUACAGCAAAGUUCAAGCUGAGUGUAAAGUUUGGAGCCACACUGAAAAGCAGCAGGCUGCUUCUGGAGAGGGCAAAGGAGUUAGGGUUGGACAUUAUUGGAGUCAGCUUUCAUGUAGGCAGCGGCUGCACAGACCCAGAGACAUUCACCCAGGCCAUUGCAGAUGCACGCUGUGUCUUUGACAUGGGGGCUGAGUUGGGCUACAAUAUGACCCUACUGGAUAUUGGCGGUGGCUUUCCUGGCUCUGAUGAUUCCAAGCUGAAGUUUGAGGAGAUUACUGCUGUAAUCAACCCUGCACUGGAUAAGUACUUUCCUGCAGACUCUGGAGUGAGGAUAAUUUCUGAGCCUGGACGAUUCUAUGUAGCCUCUGCAUAUACGCUAGCUGUCAAUAUCAUUGCUAAAAAGGUUAACACAAGAAAGCAAUCUGGCUCUGAUGGUAAGACCCUACUUCGUGAUGACAAACAUGGAGACAAUGAGACCGAUGACAGAACUCUAAUGUACUAUGUCAAUGAUGGUAUUUAUGGAUCUUUUAACUGCAUCGUUUUUGAUCAUGCACAUGUGACUCCCAUUGUACACAAGAAAUCCAAACCUGAUGAGCACAUGUACCCAUGCAGUAUUUGGGGUCCUACCUGUGAUGUCGUGGACCUCAUUGUGGAGCUGUGUACCCUGCCUGACCUUCAGGUAGGAGACUGGCUGUGGUUUGAAAACAUGGGUGCUUAUACUGUAGCUGCUUCAUCCACAUUUAAUGGCUUCCAAAAGCCAGACAUCUAUUACGUCAUGUCCAGAUCCGCUUGGCAAUACAUGCAGCUGAUCCAUGCCCAGAGGAUGCCCGCUCUGGUGGAAGAACAAAACCAUGGGAAUAUACCAGGCCACUGUGGCUGUGAAAGCACAAAAUGCAGUACAAAAUAUCUUCUUUGCAAUAAUUUGUAAAAGAAUUAAGGAAACAGUGCUGGUGCCCAAUGAUUUCGAGCACUGUCAAUUGUUUUUACAAUCAAUGGUACAAAUGCCCAGAAUGUAUGUGUGUGCUUUGUUUUUAUUUCCUAAUUCACAUCAUGUAAUAUAUGUGAUAUUAUUAAGACUAUAUUAUCAGUAAUUGCUAAUAAAUUCUCACUUUCUCAAUAUAACUAUCAGUUUGGAUGACCUAAAAUGUAUGUUGUAAAACAGUGUGUCUACAGCUGUAACACUGACAAAAAUAAGCUGUCUGGUAAUAUGAAUUUCCUUUUCAUUCAUUUUAUAAUCCAAUUCUGAAUAACCUCAGAGCAGAGCAACACAAAAUUUUUACUCUGACCACCACAUCUUACAGUAGCUUUCCUGUCCAUGCUUGGUAAAAGCUGUGAAUGCCUUCACUCACUAAAGACGAGGGGACAUAAAUAAAGAAAAUAUAUCAAGUUAUUGUCUAUCAGAUGUUCUUCACCAUGCAAAAAUGCAAUGAGCGUCUUUGUUGCAGUGUGUAAGUACACAAAGUUCAUCAUUUUAUUUCAUUUUUAAUAUGAGUUCAAUCACAGUUUAAUACUCAGGUUUAUUUUCCAGUCAUAACUUUCAUUUUAAAUGCAUACCCAAACAGGUAAUUGAUUAAAAAAAUAAUUUUUGGACAGCUACAGCUGUCUUUUAACCAGCUUCUGGAAUUUUUUUUUUUAAGUAUUUGUCCAUGCCCACUUCUUCUCCCACCUUAGUGCUGAAUGGCUGCCAAUGGAUUUGUUUUCCUUGUAUUUCCUUGUAUUUAUUGAUAAUGUGACUGCUGACAAAGUACGAAUCCUUAAGAGCAUUGGGUCAUAUUAUCUGUCAUACUCAAGCAAAACCUUCAAAAAACCCAUCAGACGGCACUUUACACUGCAGAUGGUCAAUGACCUUAAACUCACAUCAAAAGCAAUCCAAGACUUUUAUUGUUACUACAAAUAAAAAGUGUUGUAAUUA